AUGCCCGUACUCUUGCGUUGCCUCUUUAUCCCCCUGGCUCUUGCCUCGUGGAAGGUGAUCACGCAAGCUCCUGUCACAGCAGCUCAAGGAGUCGUUGCGACAGCGUUCUGCACAGAAGUUUUCAAAGGUGAUCUCUGCAUUCAGGAGGAUGUAGUUGCGCCCGAGCAGCGGUGUCCUUCCGGGUUCAGCCUCUCCUUCCAGGGUACUGAGCCGUGGCGUUCACUGCUCGGGCGUUUGGAUAAUGAAGCACCCGGACUGCGGAGUCUCGGUAUUUUUGGCCGAGGGCGAAAGAGCGAGGACGACGAUGAGGCCGGUGCCUCGUUCUUCGAAAAACCUGAUGUUGAAAGGAAGAAACCUUUUGCGGGUGCUCUUCGCGCAUCCCAGCACCAUUCAGGCUAUGCGGCUCAAGACAACCAUUCAACAGGAAUAGGCAACCUGGCGCUAUCCCCAGCGCCUUCGACUGCCGACGUGCCGGAAUCUCCCGCGAUUUGCAUCAGUAAUGAUGUGACCCCUGCCCGCCCUUCAUGCCCUCCGGGUCAUCGUCUGGAAAACAGCGUUUGCGUCAGUGAAAUUGUGGAGGCAGUGGAGAUGCAGUGUGGCGACAGCUUCCAUUACGAUUUGGCAGCGAACAGUUGCGUCCAGGAAAGCUUGAUACCGUCUAACUCCGAGUGCCCUGAUGGUUACCGCAUCGAGGGGAAUCAGUGCGUAGUCAGCGAAGUUCAGGAAGCCCAGCGUGCUUGCCGGGACGGCUUCACCUAUCAGGCGGAUGAAGACAUGUGCGUCAAGAUUCUUAGGGAGCCGCCACGUCUGAAGUGCCCAGGAACCGACAACUUUUUUGACGGGCGCAACUGCGAGAAGAGACUCACUGUAGAUCCGACGCACAACUGCCCCGCUGGGCGCCUCAUGAAUGAUGCUUGCCUGAUUGUCGAGAACAAACCUGCUGUUCCCGUCUGCCCGUCCGGCGCUUCGCUCGACAAGAAGCUGAUGAAGUGCCUGAGCUCAACUGUGGCUCCGGUGAAAUACUACUGCAGCCAAGGGGACCUCACGGAAGAGAAGACCUGCCUGAACCGGAAGACCCGCGCAGUCCAGGCUGUGUGUCCAGAUGGCUUCGACCAGAGGAGCCGCGCAUGCGUCAAAGAAAAAGCUUUUCAACCUGUCGCCUCGUGUCCAGAGGGCGCCGCGCUUGUCGGGGCAGACUGCCUUCUUCAGGAAGACACGACUCCUCAGCUGACAUGCGGGCCGGGUUUCGAGCUUCGAGGAGAGAAGUGUGUGAUGGCAAAAAAGGUGGCCCCUCUUCAGACUUGCGCAACUGGGUACACACCGUAUAAGGACAAGUGCAUCAAACAGACCCGUCGGUCAGGGCAGAUCACAUGCCCGGAUACUUUUACAUACGACGGUACACAAUGCGUCGUAAACGACCAGCAGAAGCCGAUUUACGUGUGCCCUGAGGGAUACAUUCCAGAUGGCGAUGCAGGCGAAUGCGCGGCGCACACGGAGAAACCCGCAGGAUUACCGCUCGUAUCUUCAAUUGAUUCCCCAGCUGUCAGCUUUGACGAAAAGAAAAAGACAGGUCUCCAGAUAAUGUCACUGGGGCGGCGAAAGCCACAGUUCAUGAUGUCUUCGUAG